AUGUCUGACAAGCUUACUCGUAUUGCGAUCAUCAACAGUGACAAGGUUCGUCGCGAAAUACCCCCACUAAUAGGAUUUUCUCCCCGGGAGACUAAUCAGUUACAGAAAUGUCGUCAAGAGUGCAAGAAGUCUUGCCCUGUGGUCCGCACUGGCAAGCUUUGCAUUGAAGUCGAUCCGAGUUCGAAGAUCGCCUUCAUCUCCGAGCGCCUGUGCAUUGGUUGUGGUAUUUGUCCCAAGAAGUGCCCAUUCGGAGCCAUUCACAUCAUCAAUUUGCCCACCAACCUCGAGACCCAAGUCACCCACCGCUACUCGGCCAACAGCUUCAAGCUUCACCGACUUCCCAUGCCCCGUCCCGGUCAGGUUCUCGGUCUGGUUGGAACAAACGGUAUUGGAAAGAGUACCGCGUUGAAGAUUCUCAGUGGCAAGCUGAAGCCUAACCUCGGUCGUUAUGACAACCCUCCUGACUGGGAGGAGAUCCUGAAGUAUUUCCGUGGUUCCGAUUUACAGAACUACUUCACCAAGAUUCUGGAAGACAACCUGAAGGCAGUUGUGAAGCCUCAAUAUGUCGAUCAGAUUCCCCGUGCUGUGAAGGGACCUAUUCAGCAGGUUCAGCAGCUCAUCUCGGCGCGCGCUGCGCUAGGUAACGAGGAGGAUAUCAUGGAAGUUCUCGAGUUGAGACAAGUUGCGCAACGUGAUAUCGGUCACCUUUCCGGUGGUGAGCUUCAGCGUUUUGCCAUUGGUCUGGUUUGCGUGCAGAAGGCCGACGUGUACAUGUUCGACGAACCUUCCUCAUAUCUCGAUGUUAAGCAGCGUCUGGCUGCUGCCCGUACAAUCCGCAGCCUCCUCCGCCCCGAUGACUAUGUCAUCGUUGUCGAGCACGAUUUGUCCGUCCUCGAUUACUUGUCCGACUUCAUUUGCGUGUUGUAUGGUCGUCCUGCUGUCUACGGUGUCGUCACUCUGCCUUCUUCCGUCCGUGAGGGUAUCAACAUCUUCUUGGACGGUCACAUCCCUACUGAGAACCUGCGAUUCCGUGAGGAAUCUCUCACCUUCCGUCUUGCUGAAGCCGGCGAGGAGUUCAUUGCGGACAAGGAUCGUGCCUUCGCCUAUCCCGCGAUGGAGAAGACUCUGGGUGACUUCCACCUGAAGGUUGAUGCCGGAAAGUUCACCGACUCCGAAAUUGUCGUCAUGAUGGGUGAGAACGGAACUGGAAAGACCACUUUCUGUAAGAUGCUUGCUGGUGCAUUGAAGCCCGACGGCCUCAUCUCUGUCCCUAAGAUGAACAUCAGCAUGAAGCCCCAGAAGAUUACCCCCAAGUUCACGGGUACCGUCCGCCAACUCUUCUUCAAGCGUAUCAAGACUGCUUUCCUGUCUCCUCAAUUCCAGACCGAUGUCUACAAGCCCUUGAAGAUGGAUGACUUCAUCGACCAGGAGGUUCAGAACCUGUCCGGUGGUGAAUUGCAGCGUGUCGCUAUUGUCUUGGCUCUGGGUAUGCCCGCUGAUAUCUACCUGAUUGACGAGCCCAGUGCCUACCUGGACUCCGAGCAGCGUAUUGUCGCUGCUCGUGUCAUCAAGCGUUUCAUUAUGCACACCAAGAAGACCGCUUUCAUCGUCGAGCACGAUUUCAUCAUGGCCACCUACCUGGCUGAUCGUGUCAUUGUCUUUGACGGCCAGCCAUCCGUGGACGCUCGUGCCCAGACGCCCGAGUCUUUGGUCGGUGGUUGCAACCGGUUCUUGAAGAGCUUGGAUGUCACUUUCCGUCGUGACCCCAACAGCUACCGCCCCCGUAUCAACAAGUACAACAGUCAAAUGGACCAGGAGCAGAAGCUGGCAGGCAACUUCGUAAGUUUUCUACUUCAUCUAUGGAUGCUUACUUCUUGGAAGAAGAGAACUGAAAAGGGCGUCCACAACGAGCAUCGUCGCCGCCGUCACAAACACGAUGGCCGCGACUAUGAGCAGCGGCGCAACAGGCGCCGAGGCGAUUGGAAGAUCAUGUGGUUAAUGGGGAUCCCAGGCGUAUGCAGAGCCUCGGCGGUUCAGGGCAAGGGAUUCCGUCACCGCGCCGGGCCCUCUUCCGGUGCCGAUGACGGUCUCUCGGACGACGAUGGCGAUGAUGACGAUUUAAAUGGCAACAGUGACCCCGACUAAACGGUAGUGACUUGCUUCACACCCCCUGCUAUCCUUGGUCUAGUACGCUCAUUUACUUCUGCGACCUGUUGCCAUUCAUCAGUCUAUCAACAAAUGCCUAUAUCGUUAUUCGCCUUGCGACCUGCCUUGAUUUGCUCUGGGUUUGUAUAUCAAAUCCGGAGUCAUCAGCCCCCGGUUGGGAACACAUGUCUACAGAUCUUCCACUAACACCUGUUAAAUUUUAAUGGUGGAUUGGGUUCGGCAUGGCUUAUUGUUCCAACGGAGUUCUUAUGUUUGCAUUAGGUUGGAGGGUUUGGGUUCCAAAAAAAAGCUCUUCCAUGAAUUUUAUGAUUUGAAGAUGGAUGUCGCGUCGGAAUGGAUUGGUG